CUCAAAAAACUCUAUCAGUUAGCUCUGUGAAGACUCCACCGAGCAGAGAAGGAAAAGGGAAAGGGGCGAUGAAGAGCCCAACCCCACACCAGCACGACGAAGAGGACGAUGACGGCGAGGUCUUUCUCGAUGAGUCCGAUAUCGUCCACGAACUCCCUAUCGAUGAAGAAGAUCUUCCUGAUGCAGAAGAAGAUGAAGCCGGCUCUGAUGCCGAUGUUUUCGAGGAGCCCGAUGAUGAUUCCAUGCACGUGUUCACUGGUCAUACCGGUGAGCUUUACACGGUUGCUUGCAGCCCAACUGAUGCUAGGUUAGUGGCAACUGGGGGUGGAGAUGACAAAGGGUUUCUUUGGAGGAUUGGACAAGGAGAUUGGGCUUUUGAGCUCCAAGGUCAUGGGGAUUCUGUCAGUAAUUUAGCCUUUAGCACUGAUGGACAGUUGCUAGCAUCUGGAUGCUUGGGUGGACUUAUUCAAAUCUGGGAUAUACAGUCAGGAAAUCUCAAGUGUUCACUUGAAGGUCCUGGAAUGGGGAUUGAGUGGAUCAGGUGGCAUCCAAGAGGACAUUUGGUCUUAGCUGGUUCAGAGGAUUCCACUGUUUGGAUGUGGAAUGCUGACAAAGGUGCCUGUAUCAAUACAUUUUCAGGACAUGGUGGUAGUGUAACAUGUGGCGAUUUUACCCCUGAUGGUAAACUAGUCUGUACCGGUUCUGAUGAUGCAACUUUGAGGAUAUGGGAUCCAAAAAGUGGAAAAAACAUUCAUGUCGUAGGAGGUCAUCCCUAUCACGCUCAGGGACUUACAUGCAUGGCAAUAAGCCCCGAUUCUACAUGUGCCCUUACCGGUUCUAAGGAUGGUUCUGUAUGCAUUGUGAAUAUAACAACUGGGAGGGUUGUUAGCAAACUGGAUUCUCACUCAGAUUCAAUUGAAUGUAUUGGUUUUGCACCAAGCCAAGGACCAAGCUCUAACUGGGCCGCAACAGGAGGCAUGGACAAGAAGCUUGUAGUCUGGGAUCUGCAGCACUCAAUGCCUCGUAGCACAUGCGAGCAUGAGGAUGGAGUGACAUGCUUGACAUGGCUUGGUGCAUCUAAUUACCUGGCAACAGGUUGUAUUGAUGGGAAGGUACGAGUAUGGGAUGGUCGCUCCGGUGAUUGUAUAAGGACCUUCAGCGGCCAUGACGGUGCAAUUCAGUCUCUAUCUGUAUCUGCUAACUGCGAUUUCCUUGUUUCAGUUUCAAUUGAUGAAACUGCCAGAGUUUUUGAGAUUGCAGAGUUUCUGUAAACAAAUAAGCUUUCUAUCCUUGAAAUAUCUGAGGUCUUCCUGGGGUAGCAAAGCUUUUAAUUUACAAAGGAAACAAGUUGAUCAUUAACAAUAUAUGCUUCGUGACCAAAUUUGUCACAUGGUAUUAUAUUCGGGCUCUUACAAGUAAUAUUCUUUGUAAA